AUGGCGGAACGAAGACUGGCUAAGGAACUGACGUCGAUAAAUGAAAAUCAAGGCGGAUUUUUUUCCGUUGACCUUGUUGGAGAAAACAUAUAUCAUUGGCAAGUUAAAAUCAAAGGACCAGAAGGGACACCGUAUGCUGGAGGUGUAUUUUGCCUUGAUCUAAAUUUCCCUUUGGACUACCCAAUGAAAUCACCAAAGAUCAAAUUUGAAACGAAGAUAUAUCACCCUAACGUUAACAACAAUGGAUCCAUCUGUGUGGAUAUCCUAGAGUCAAAAUGGACACCGGGCAAGAAGAUAGAAACAGUUUUGGAGUCUAUAGUAGUGCUAUUUUCGGAACCUAACACUGAAGACCCUUUGAUGCCGGAAAUUGCCAGCCUUUAUAUUAAGAACCGAGAAAAAUUCAAUGCAAAUGCAAAGGAAUGGACCAAUAAGUACGCACGCUGA